AUGGCAGACCAAGGCUCCAGUAACAUUAGCGAUCAGAUAAAGAGCGCCACCCAACCAGAAAUGGCCCGAAGAAGUGGCUCUUUCACGCAAAAUCCAAAUACACUCCUCUCCAGAGCUACAUGGGUUAAUGUAACUGUGCUUGAUACAGGAGAUUCCAAGACUACAACCCAACCGCUUUCCGAGACGGUGCAGCAGGGUGCUGAGACUGCGAAAAAGAGUGCCCAGUCAGGGAUGGAAACAACAAAGGAUGCUGCAGCCAAGGCAUCAGAAGCUGCCUUGGGAGCACCUGGUAGCGGUAAGCCCAUCGUCUUAAGCCUUGUUGAUGGGGACAACUGGCUGACGGGAUCCGCUUUUGUUGUGCUCAUGAUGUAG